AUGUGCGUCAAGAUCCGCACGGUACGCCGACCACACAAUCGACCGCUCGGUUGGAUCCUGUCCGGUCCUACCGGGAAUCAAGAAUCACCUUCUGAGGAAGCUUCUGUAUUAAAUUGCGUUCUUACGCAAGAUGUUAACUCGUUGCUCCAGAGAUUCUGGGAGGACGAGGAGAUCUCUCUGUCGCCCCCUCUCACCGAGGAGGAAGAGAGAUGCGAACGUCAUUUCGAUGACACUCAUAGUCGCUCUCAAGAUGGACGAUAUGUAGUUCGAUUGCCAUUUAAACAUGCUCCGCCGAUCGAUAUCGGAGACUCAUUGUCUAUUGUUCUUUCGUGUUAUAAUAGACUUGAAAAGAGACUGGAAUCUCGUGCCGAGAUUUGUUCUCAAUAUAGCGAUUUUCUCGAAGAAUAUCGCUCUCUCGGGCACAUGAAACCUGUGGCUAGCAUGGAUAGGACCGAUUUUAUUCCGGUUUACAUACCGCAUCAUCCUGUCUUACGUGAAGCUAGCUGCACUACGAAAUUAAGAGUCGUGUUCAAUGCAUCGUGCAAAACACGAAACGGCUCUUCAUUGAACGAUCAUUUGUUGAUUGGACCGAAAUUACAACAAGAUCUUCCUGCUGUUCUGUUACGAUGGCGCCAGUGGUGCUACGUUUACACGGCAGACAUCGCCAAGAUGUUCUUUAUGUACGGUCUCGCGCCGGCUCCGUACCUAGCAAUGCGCGUCUUGAAGCAGCUUGCUCUCGACGAAGGAAAUGCUUACCCGUCUGCAGUUUCAAUUCUUCAGGAUUUCAUUUACGUGGAUGACGCGUUAUUCGGGGCUGAUGACGUCAGAUCCCUCACCGAUACUCGUUUUCAGCUCGUCGAGCUCAUGAAAAAGGAGGGAUUUCAGCUUCGUAAGUGGGCGUCUAAUUCCAGUGAUCUUCUUAGAGAUCUCUCGGCUGACCAACCCGAGGUGACCGACCAUCUCAUACUAAAAGACGAGUCUCUUAAAGUUCUCGGUCUUUCGUGGCUUCCUCUCAAAGACGUCUUCAGAUUCAUUGUUAAUUUCGUUGCUCCGGACACGCCCACAAAACGUUCAAUCCUGUCGUUUGUUGCUAGACUGUACGACCCACUUGGUUGGGCCGCGCCUGUCGUCAUUGUUGCAAAAAUAUUGCUGCAGGAACUGUGGUUUCUCCGUUGCGAUUGGGAUGCACCUCUUCCCGACACGUUACUCCAGCGCUGGAGCGACUACGUCGCGGAACUUGAAAGUUUGAACGAGAUCCGGAUACCGCGAUGGACUGGUCAACAUCCAUCCGAUCUGGCUUACGAAAUACACGGGUUUGCGGACGCUUCUAGCCGCGCUUACGCCGCUGUUGUAUAUCUUCGAGUUCUUCACUCAAUGUCAAGCUUUCAAAUCAGCUUACUCGUUGCGAAGACCAAAGUUGCUUCCGUCAAGACGGCUAGCAUUCCGCGACUGGAACUCAACGCUAUCGUACUUCUAAGUCGACUCAUUAAAUGGACUCUUAGUUCCUUGCGAAUACCGUCAACGCCUGUCUACGGCUGGACAGAUUCCUCCAUCACUCUGGCGUGA